AUGGCGGACUACGCUUCGUUUGUCCAAUAUGUGCUCCGCGUUGACGAACUGUUCAGCGACGUGGAGGGCUGCGUGGGCAUACCGCGGCCACUCUUGAGGGACAGGUCGAACCCCAUGGAAGAUUUCACGGACAGCGAAUUCCUCGCGCGCUUCCGUUUCACGAAGAGCAGCGUGAUAAAGCUGCUCGAGUGCUUGCCCCUUGAGGAGAGCUGCAGCGACCGUGGCCACCCUCUUCCACCGAUGAUACAGCUUCUGAUUGCGCUGCGCUUCUAUGGAGCGGGCACAUUUCAAGUUGUGGCGGGCGACCUCGUGCAUGUGUCGCAGCCGACUGUGAGCCGCGUUAUUGAACGUGUGUCGCGGCUGAUCGCCACGCACUUGUUCCCGGACGUCGUGCAGUUCCCCAACUCUGACGACGGGUUCCGCGAAACGAUGGUGGGGUUCUACCGCAUCGCCAAAUUUCCUGGGGUGACAGGGUGCAUAGACUGCACCCACAUCCGCAUCAAAUCGCCUGGUGGGCCGGACGGAGAAGUGUACCGCAACCGGAAGGGCUACUUCUCGAUAAACGUUCAGGGCCCCGUUGAAGCUCUUCUGAACGGUGCAGCGUCCUUUUGA